UCCCCCAAAAUGCUGCAUCACGAGCCCAAAGUGCUGGUUUCGCGGAUUGUACCGAAAAUGCUCCAAAACAUGCCGGCAUAUUACACGGGGGCCUAAUCAGGGCUAGGGAGUUUUAGCUUCUCGUGAACGAGAACGAAAACGACUGACAGCCAUUCAAUUCGGGCGCCCAAGCCGAGUCGUUCACUACUAGACUGUCUUCUGCGGACGUCAUCACUGUCAUCAGACUGACCUGGAACUACUGGCAAUCAUUGAAUGUAUGGACCAGUUUACUUCAGCGAGAUGAAAACAAUUCACUGUCUUCUGACGUUCUGUGCCCAUCAGACUGACCUGGAACCACUGGCACUGGAGCAGUGGGGCGAAAAGGCGAGUGGAGAGGCGCAUGAAAUGGAAAUCAUUGUCCACGCAGAGCUGUGUACUACAUCUACACUGUAGCAGUAGCAAACUGAUCCGAUUGGACGCAAGGACAGAAGGAAAUCAACUCUCUUAGUCGCUUAGUUGGCGUAGCAAUGUUGGGGCACUCGACAAUGGCAGUGUCCAUUUCUAGCCGCCAAUAUGGCCAUUGGCAUUGGUCAGGUCGAGCAGCAGCAUCAUCAGCAGCAAGAGUAACAUCACUGAGAUCAUCGAUAUCAGGAUUAUCAUUGACACUGAUUCACGGAAUAUUGCUAUUAGCAUAUAUCAGUUCUCUACCAGUGUGUGGCCGUGCGCAAUCUACCUGCUCAAGUAGUCAAGUCUACCAGCAAUCAUCGGCAACUUGCCUUGAUGUUCUGAGAAUGGAUGCACAGGCCUUAACUGCUACUCAGAUCACUUACAAAACAAAGACACUCGGAUUAGAUGUGGAUUCUGGUGUAACGUCUAAAACCAUCGGACCCAGAAUGUCACAAUACAUGGAUUUUGGCACAAGCGGCACAACACGAGAUGUUAAAGUGGCAACUUCCUCUGUAACGGAGAGUUUCUCAUUCUCUGCUUCAUGGACAAUGGUUGGUUGGCUGAACUUACCUGCAUCAUCCAGUAGCUAUGUUGACUAUGGUCUGCUUUAUACCUCCACUGGUGCAAGUGUGCAGUAUCAACCUUUUCAAACAGGUUCAAUAUUCAGUCGACGCUACUAUUCAUAUUUAGUGUUCAGCGGAGGUGGUGUGACUAAGCAGAAUAUCACAUUAUACAACAGUGCACGGUCAAGGAAAUAUGGCUGGCAAGAUUUCUCAUUGACAUAUGCUGCAACAAGCAAACAGUUGACAGUGCGUGUAGGUGGCACAGAACUGGCAAAGACUACUUUGUCUUCAGCACCACUAACUGGGACACUCAAUGGAAUCGGUUCUACAACACUGCGAUCUUUUACCGGAUUUCAUGACAUUCGAUUUGUUUCUAAGGUUUUGACCUCCACAGAACUUGAAGCUUUCAUAGAUUGUGAUAUCCUCAACAGCACUACGUCCUGUACGAUCUGCUCGGGUCUAUCAAAAGAUGGCGUAUGUCUUCCCACGCUAUCUCACUUGUGCGGUGAUGGAUAUUUGCUGGAUCAAACCGCAUUCAAGUGUGAAAAGGUACACAGUUGUUCACUCCGAGGUUCUCAACCAGCAGACACUAGUGCAUCAGUGUGCCCAAUAUUUAACUGCAAAGUAUCUGUUGUGAUACCACUGACUUAUACCACGGGAUGUGCUAAGCAGCUGAGUGGCUGGGAAACAAUCCACAGUGGAUCAUGCUCACUGAAACUUCUCGUGUGGGAGAAGACUGCUUCAACAACUUACAAAAAUAUCUUCCAGUCAUCCGUCACAGCAUUUAGCUCGUCCAGUGGCGCAGUCUACUACCGGCAGAGAUUUACAAGUACAGGCGAUAAGUUGAUAAUCCAUGCCAACCAAUCCCUCUAUUUUGGAUUUGCGCAAACCAACAGUGGCUGCGGAAUUCGUGGUCAAUUCACCUCUACCGGCGAUGCCUUCUACACACGAUCCACAAUCACUGUGGGAACGGAAUGGGCAGUUAGUUCUGCAUCACUGGUACUUCCUACAUUCCGUAUCAUCUUGGAUGAUAUACCUGGACCAACAACUACCCCAACCACCACACCAACAACUACCCCAACCACCACACCAACAACUACCCCAACCACCACACCAACCACCACACCAACAACUACCCCGCCCACCACACCAACAACUACCCCGACAACCACACCAACCACCACCCCGACAACAACACCAACCACCACACCAACUACCACACCAACUACCACACCAACCACCACACAAACCACCACACCAACCACCACACCAACCACCACACCAACCACCAUAUCAACCACCACACCAACCACCAUACCAACCACCGCACCAACAGUAGCAGUAGCAGUGACAACGAAAGCAGCCUCAGCAGUAACAACACCAACAACAACAUCAGCAGUAGCAACGGCAGAAGCGACAACACCAACAACAGCAGCAGCGUCAAUGACAACACCUGCUUCGAUAACAACAUCAGGAAAGCUUGGUAUGACACCAGGAGUGACAGUCUCGGCGACCACAUCGACAACGGCAGCAGCAGGAACAUCGGAGGCAAAACGGAUGACAAAAGCACCAACAGCAAUGUUGACAGUAGAAGCACCAGCCACAUCAGCCGCAAGAACAACAAGAAAAACGAACACAUUGAUUACAAUGAAAGCGGUAAUAACAGGAACACAACCACUAGCAACAGCUUCCACCGCGGCAAUGAAAACGACAAUGAUGGGAACUAUGUGGCAUGGAUCGACACCAACUGAAGGGGAGGAUGACAAACAGUCUGCAACCAAGGGCUUCUCAACUCAAACCACGGUUGCCAUUUCUUGUGCAGCAGCUGGGUGUAGCGUAAUUCUGCUAUUCAGUAUCAUCAUUCUAAAACGUGCAGCCUCCACUCGGCGCAGAAGCAUUUAUUCCACACAUCAUGGAUUCAGUGACUCGGGAGGAAAGGAAGUACAUGCCCUCACAACCGUUACGAAGAAUCAAGAACAACAUCUGUUCAGAGACAACUCCGCAUUAUUGAGUACUUGCCAAUCACUCCAGAACAGCUCAAUGCACUUAACCAACGCGGCUGGCACAGAAUCACAUCUACAUAGCACUGACAACGAAGCCUAUGGUAUAGUGAGAGAAGACAAUAGCCAUCAUAAUAUUAUGAUGACAUCAAGUGCAAGUACACGGCCAGCCGGACAAUCCGCCGAGAAUCCUGCUUUUACUGCCGUCACCUCCCCAGCCGGACAAUUCACCAGGAAUCCUGCUUUUGCUGCCGUCACCUCCCCAGCUGGACAAUUCACCAGGAAUCCUGCUUUUACUGCCGUCACCUCGCCAGCUGGACAGUUCACCAGGAAUCCUGCUUUUACUGCCGUCACCUCCCCAGCUGGACAGCUCACCAGGAAUCCUGCUUUUACUGCCGUCACCUCCCCAGCUGGACAGUUCACCAGGAAUCCUGCUUUUACUGCUGUCACCUCCCCAGCUGGACAAUUCACCAGGAAUCCUGCUUAUACUGCCGUCACCUCCCCAGCUGGACAAUUCACCAGGAAUCCUGCUUUUACUGCCGCCACCUCCCCAGCUGGACAAUUCACCAGGAAUCCUGCUUUUACUGCCGUCACCUACCCAGCUGGAGAAUUCACCGAGAACCCUGCUUAUGGCGAGGUGGUGAAGAAAAACCAAGGCAAUGCAAGUAAUUUGUCAACCACCAACUUGUCUACCGCAUCACAGCCAGCUGGUGUGCUUCAACAGCCCAGCCGAGUGAGGAUGGGAUCCGAGGAGAGUAAUGACUAUGUUAUAUCAGAUGAAGCCGGAUAGGCACUGGCCACUGUAGUGUAAUGACGAGAGAGCUUGGAAGCUCAGGGCCCUACGCUAUGCUUUCUUUGCCUUGAUGACCUAGGAAAAAAAAGCAUAGGGAUGUUAUAAAUGUUUCAUUUCUCCUAUUUUUUUUUAAAGACAUAACCUGGGAUUCGAACCCACACUAUCGCCCUGCAUGCAUCCCCCGAUACACUUCGCAUACAUACAAAUUCUUCCAAGUUGCUUCACGUUAUGAUCUUGCACAUGAAAGCCCUAUUCGAAUAUUGUGGCCAGCUGCUUGUGGCCAGCCGUCUUUGAUGGUACGAUACGGUACGGGACAGGGUACGGUCGAGGGUACUACGACACCGUCUACCACCUUGCAGCUUGAUGACCUAGGCAAAAAAAGCAUAGGGAUGUUAUAAAUUUGUCAAUUAUUCUAUUUUUUUCAAGGCAUUACUUGGGAUUUGAACCCGCACUAUCGCCCUAUAUGCAUUCCCCGAUACACUUCGCAUUCAUACUCGUUCUUCCAAGUUGCUUCACGUUAUGAUCUUGCAUUUGAAAGCUCUAUUUGAAUACAGUCACACCUCGCUUA